AUGUCUUCCACUCCCGAGUUCAACGGCUGGGUCGCCUACGACCCCUCUGCCGCCGAUGGCAACAUGAAGUGGGGCAACUUCGAGCCUAAGGUCUUCGAGGAGACCGACAUUGAGAUGGAGAUCUCUCAUUGCGGUGUCUGCGGUUCCGACAUUCACACCCUCCGCUCUGGUUGGGGUCCUUCUGACUACCCUCUUGUCGUCGGACACGAGAUCAUUGGCCAUGUCACCAAGGUCGGAAAAGAUGUCAAGGACCUGAAGGUUGGCGACCGCGUCGGUGUUGGUGCCCAGUCUGAGUGCUGCGAGGGCUGUCGCCCCUGCAAGAUGAAGCAGGAGUCCAACUGCAACAAACUUACCAUGACCUACAACGGCAAGCACCUCAACGGCGACAAGUCGUACGGUGGCUACGCUAAGGCAUGGCGAGGACCCGCCUCCUUCGCCAUUCCUAUCCCUGAGGGCCUUCCUUCUGAGUUCGCUGCGCCUCUCAUGUGCGGCGGUGUCACCGUCUACAACCCCCUCGUCUCCUACGGUGCUGGCCCCGGCAAGCGCGUCGGUGUUGUCGGUGUCGGUGGCCUUGGUCACUUCGCCCUUCUCUUCGCAAAGGCCCUCGGUGCCGACGAGGUCGUCGCAAUCUCCCGCUCUUCCUCCAAGAAGGAGGACGCCAUCAAGCUUGGCGCGGACCGCUUCAUAGCUACUGGCGAGGACCCCGAUUGGGCCACCAAAAACGCCAACGGUCUCGAUCUGAUCAUCUCCACCAUCUCCGGUUCCUUCCCUCUCGACCAGUACCUCAACCUCCUCGAUGUGAACGGCACAUUUGUCCAGCUCGGUGCCCCUGACGACCCGCUCCCCAGCUUCAGCCCCAUGGGCUUGAUCUUUAAGAACCUCAAGAUUGCUGGUUCUCUGAUCGGUACCAGGCAGCACAUCCGCGAUAUGCUGGAGUUGGCUAAGAAGACCAAUCUCCAGGCCUGGGUCCAGGUUAGGCCUAUGAGCGAGGCCAACCAGGUUAUUGUUGAUUUCGAGAAGGGCCUGCCCAGGUACAGGUACGUUCUCAAGAACUAG